GUAGUUUGUAGGCAAAAGAAUGGGGUAAACUAUGCCUGAACAAGGCACUCAGUCAGAGGUAGAGGAACGCGAAGAAUUUAUCAAGGCAUUCUGUGAAAUAGCCGGCUUUCAAGGGCGGUUUGCCUACUGUCUGAUGUCCAUUUAUGCGGUUAAUCCGGCUCUAUUUGAAUAUUUUACAAGCGUAGAUCUCUAUCCAUUUCUGUUAUGGAACAUGAUUUAUGGAAUCGCCGUUAUGAUCAUGUCGAGGCCCUCUCUUAAACCUCUGGUGCCUGUGCACAGAUUCACAUUUAGUUUGCUGGGUUCGCUCGCGUUCAACUACUCGAGCCUGCAGUUUUUCCACUGGUUAGCUGCCAAUUUAGAGGGAAUGCCAAUUUUGCGCACCCUUUUGGGGUAUCUAAGUGGCCGAGUUAUGAUAGUACAUCUUAUAGCUUUUCUGUAUCAUAUAGACACUCGAUGCACGGAUGUUUCAAAUAGGGCUAGGAGAUUAUCGGCGUUUGAAGCCAUGUAUUUAUAAUGCGCAGAUUUGGAUUCAUAUAGUGUUGAAAAUAUUGGCUUUGCAGUUUACGUGAUAAUUUCCUUUACCAUUUGAAAUACAAUCCCUUACACUAA